CCCAUCUCUGGACAAUAAGCGUGCUCUUCGCCUUCCCACUCUCCACUGUUCUUCUACAGUUCCCUCUCCCUCUGCUCUGCUUUCCCUUCCAUUUCCUUUGUCUCUCAAAACUUUUCAAUCCCUUCUUUCCAAUUCUUAGCGCCUGCCCAAUUUCUUCGGAUUCCGUUCGAAUUCCCCUGCGAAUUCUGCUUUUGAUUCCACAGGAAAGUUAUAGAAGUGACAGGAGGAAGUAGUAGAGGAUAAACGGGGAACUACAUAGGAGCAAGAAUAUGCCUUGGUCGAGUUCUACGGUCGAUAUGUUUCACAAAGUUGUGCGCCUGAAAAUAUGUUGUUGGUUUAUACUAUAAAUCAUUUCUUGUCCCAUUGAACCUUUCCUUCUUCAGUUCUUAUCUGCUUCAUCAUAUCAUCCAUGGGAUCCAAUCACUUUUUUAUCAUUGCUUCCGAUCUAUAUAUCAGCUGAAGCCAGAAUACAGUCUGACUUCUAACUCCCUUAGCUUCAGUUCUAUAUUCCAAUUCUAGGAGUUCAUAAUCUAUUUUCCAUCUUCGUUUGCUUAACAUUUUCUGAAUCUCUACGUUUGUUUGCUUCCCCUGUGUUGUAUUUUAUGGUUAGUCUAGUGUGAAGUUCGGUGAUCCUAUUUGGACUUGGUCUCAUUGUGUUUUCCCUUCUGUCUCACAUCAUAUUCGUUUUUUAGCAUAAUAAAGGGUCAAAAGUAGUUAUGGUGUGCCAAGCAGCGAGCCAAACACGAUUUCGGGCUUUGAAACAUGAAAAUGGGAUUGCAGGGAAGCCAACGAUUAUAGUUAAAGUGAUUGCAUGUUUUCAACCUCUGCAGAAUUGCCAGGCUGAGUACUUCCGCCAUUUGCUUAAACCCGUAACGUAGAUCAAUUUGUAAUUCUUCCGAUAAACUUAAGCAGGAGUUUUACUUUUGUUCUUUUAGUUGUUUGUUUCUGAAAGAAUCAGUAAUUGAACGUGGGGAAUCAGAGACAUAUACAUCUUGUGGUGAUUGUCUGUUGUUGGAUGGUUAAGACCGGAGGUUUUUGGCCGCAGUCUGGGCAUUCUGCUGGGAACCUGCCCAAUUUGAAUUGCAUGAACGAGCUGAUAAAUUUCAGGCUGCGAUGUCUGAACCCAGACACUUAUAUCUCUUCUGCACCGACGGAAUUUCGGGGAUCUUCUAUCCCACAUGCUCCAGGUUUGAAUUCCGAACAGAAGAAUGGGUUGCUGUAUAACUYCCCAUCUUAUUUCGGGACCAUGCGUCCCGAUGCACUUCCAUACCUUGUGGAGAAACACCACAAUUCUUCUUUAGGACUUGCACGAAUGACUUUACCUAGUUCAAAUGCCGAGUUGUCAAAGAGGGAAUUCAUUAUCUUUGAUCAGUCUGGUAAUCAAACAAGCGUAAUGUAUAGUUCUGGCUGUCCUGACGCUCGGAUCCCUAUCUCUAUUAGUGCAAAAAACUGCAGUCAUGGUUUAAAUGAUGAAGAAGAUGAAGAUGCCGGGGAUAUUGAUUUAAAGAAUUAUUUGUUUCACAAAGAUCCUUUGACGAAUGGAAUUGCUGGUGAGGAGAGCGAGAUGCAUGAAGACACAGAAGAAAUAAACGCCUUACUUUAUUCAGAUGAUGACAAUCACUAUAGCAGUGAUGAUGAAGUAACUAGCACUGGUCAUUCUCCACCGCUGAUUAAGGAACUUUAUGAUAAACAAACUGAGGAAAUGAAUGAGGAGGUUGCUAGUUGUGAUGGCCCCAGAAAAAGGCAGAGAUUGCUAGAUGGUGGGCGCAAGAAAUUGUCAGAUGCCCCAGUUUCAGUGAAAGUAGAUUAUGCAAUUCACAACUACGGAGUUGAUACGAAAUCAAGCUACACUGUUGGCGAAAGCCAAGGACAUCAAAUGGAUUCCGGAUUGGGAAAAUUUUCGUCGAAAAAGGACAAGAUCCGAGAGACUUUGAGGCUUCUUGAAACCAUGGUUCCUGGUGCAGAGGGAAAACACCCAAUGUUGGUCAUUGAUGAGGCUAUAGACUACUUGAAGUCUCUAAAGUUUAAAGCAAAAGCUAUGGGGCUGGCUACCACGCUCCCUCACUGUGAUGUCGGUCAAGGAUGUCAGGGCGGGAGAAAAAAGUGGUGACCAAAGAUUUCUUUGCCAGAAUGAUUACUGAAUUUGAAAAAUCAAUAUGGUAGCGUUUGCUUGCCUUUAUGGGACCCCAAGGACACCAAGAGGGAUUGUACAUAAUGGGCUACUAAAGGAAUUUAAGUAAAUAUGCAGAUACUGCACUUUGCUUGUUGCCAUUGAAGACAAAAUGGGUAAUGUUGACCAGAAAUGAUUAUCUAUUGGCUUUUGGGGCACUAAAGAUUAAAGGAAUCACUUAGAUUUGACUACAUAGGAGGUGACAGUGGGAGGUAUUUUCUGUAUUUUUGAGGGACCCCUCUUUUGCUUGAAAUUGUUGAGAAACCCCAUGAAUUUAGUGCAUGCGCAUUUGGUUACGCAGGCCCCACCCUCCACUCCCCCCCUUCUCCAAUAUUGUGCUUCCCAUCUCUUUACCUUUUAUAGAUAGAAAAAGAGAAAAAGGAAGAAAAUUUGCAGAUAAUGCAAGGAAUUGUGAGAGUGUAGUGUAGCAUUGUGUUUCAUGAUGGAUAUGGUGGGAGCUGAGCUGGAGUUGCCCUUUAAUCAAUGAUGUCGUAAAGGUAAGCUUGUUUUUUUCUUGCAAAGUGGGAAGUGAUUGCUUUUUUGUACAGAAAGUUGUGAAAGGUGGUGCUGCUGCUCGUGAGGUAUUUCACUGAAGUUGGCUUUGGAUUUGCUGUUUCUAAUGCUCUGUCUGUUCUGUGAGUUUGUCAGUUUGAGUUUGAAGAUGAUGAAUAAUUGGUGGAUGAAUGUGUUUUGUCAUUAUUGUUUUGUAUUCUCCACCAUUUUUAGCUGUUCUUUUCUUCCCUUCUGAGUGUUCUUUGCAUUUUGUUUAAAUCUGUCUGGUUUGCCUGUAUCCCCACAUCUCUGUAACAAUGAAGUUUGAAUUCUUAUAAAUUUUAAGCAGAGUUUCUUGUGGGUUGGA